AUGUGCAUCAUGUGCAGUGGACUGAUCCAGAUUCCGAAGAAUUGGAAGGAUGCACAAGAACUUUUGUCCUACGGAUGUAAAUCUCUUGGAGAAGCUGCCAAUGCCUGCACUGGAAUGAUCAACGCCGCCGAUUUGACUGCCUCCUACCCAAGAAUGUACAUUUGGAUCAUUCGAUUGAGGGCCAUCGGAUGCCAAAAGUUCUGUCAAUGA